AAGCUCUCCAUCUGAGCUGCGAGACGCCAGUGCUGUUUUCUUUGUGAGACAGAAGCGAAACGGCAAGGAGAGAGAGACAGAAAGGGGUGGACGGAAACAAAAAUACUGAAGAAUGGCGAGAAAGUGAGUGAGGAGAUGAGACAAGUGAACAGAUAAAAGCCGAGAGCAAGAUAAGAAGCAGAUGGGGGUGACGCAGACACCCACCAGCCUGGUUUCUCCUCCACCUCCUCUCGCAAACACGGCUUUGUGUGUAAUGAUUAACCGAUCGGAGGAAAGCGAGAAGAUAUCACAACAGCCCUCAUAGGAAGUGACACGCAAACGGCAACAUUAUAUAAACGCAAACACGGUCUUCAUUCAGAAAUCUGUGAAUCAUGACCGGACCGAAGGGAGGAUAUUACAAGGCAGAAUUGGGAGAACCACACAAGUUUGACCCCACCUUUAAAGGACCCGUUCACAAAAGGGGCUGCACAGAUGUACUUUGCUGUGUGAUCUUCGUCAUCGUCAUCCUCGGAUACAUUGCUCUGGGAACAGUGGCUUGGAUGCAUGGGGAUCCUCGGAAAGUCGUCUAUCCAACAGAUAGCUAUGGGCAGUUCUGCGGACAGCAGGGAACUCCUAAUGCAAAUAAAGCCAUAUUAUUUUACUUCAAUAUUUUACAAUGUGCCAACCCUGCAGUCCUCAUUAACCUACAGUGCCCUACAACUCAGUUGUGUGUGUCCAAGUGCCCGGACAGAUUUGCUACGUACAUAGACAUGAAAUACAGCAAUAAGGAAUGGGAAUAUUACAAGCAAUUCUGCAAGCCAGGCUUUAAUAAUAAUCAUAAGUCAAUUGCUCAAGUGCUCAGGGAUGAAGACUGUCCAUCCAUGAUUGUGCCAAGCAGACCAUUUCUCCAAAGGUGCUUUCCUGAUUUCAUCACCAGAAACGGGACAUUAACUGUUGCCAACAAAACAAGUUUCAAAGACGGGAACGGUAAAACAAGGAACGUUGCGGAUCUGAGAGAUGCAGCGAACAAAGUUACAGCCAUGCAGCAAGGAAAUAAAAGUGGUAUAACCAGCCUGUUGGAUGCCAAGGAGGUGGGCAUCAAGAUUUUUGAGGAUUAUGCCAGCUCUUGGUUUUGGAUCCUAGUUGGUUUGGUGAUAAGCAUGCUGGUCAGUCUCCUGUUUAUUCUGCUGCUGAGGUAUACGGCUGGCGUUCUCUUCUGGAUGGUCAUCUUCGGGGUCAUCGCUGCGGUGGGAUACGGAAUUUGGCAUUGUUACUGGGAAUACAGUUCACUGAAAGGAAAGCCAGCCUCUGAUGUCACCAUCUCAGACAUUGGAUUCCAGACUGACUUCCGGGUUUACUUGCAGCUGAGUCAAACCUGGCUGAUAUUCAUGAUCUCAUUGGCUGUUAUUGAGGGCAUCAUCAUCUUAAUUUUGAUAUUUCUGCGGAACAGAGUUCAUAUUGCAAUCGCUCUUCUAAAGGAAGGAAGCAAGGCGAUUGGCUGCAUUAUGUCAACACUGUUUUAUCCAAUCAUCACCUUCCUGCUGCUGGCCCUCUGUAUAGCAUACUGGGCUGUUACGGCUGUGUUCCUGGCAUCAUCCGGUGAGCCAGUAUACAAAGUAAUGUCAACAGUACCUGGCUGCAAGUAUACCAACCUCACCUGUGACCCAGAGACUUUCAGCCAGUCAAACGUGACCAAGCUGUGUCCAGGCUCCCAGUGUACAUUUGCAUUUUACGGCGGGGAGAGUUUGUAUCAUCGUUACAUCUUUGCAUUUCAGCUCUGUAAUUUGUUCAUCUUCCUAUGGCUGGUCAAUUUUACCAUCGCCCUGGGCCAGUGCACCCUGGCGGGAGCUUUUGCCUCCUAUUACUGGGCCCUGAGGAAGCCAGCAGACAUCCCACCUUUCCCAUUGGGUUCAUCUUUUGGCAGGGCUUUGAGGUAUCACACUGGCUCCCUUGCAUUUGGUGCUUUGAUCCUAUCCAUUGUACAGUUCAUCCGGAUCAUUCUGGAGUAUCUCGACCACAAACUGAAAGGUGCUCACAACGCUUUCUCGCGCUUCCUGCUCUGCUGCCUCAAAUGCUGUUUCUGGUGCCUUGAGCACUUCAUCAAGUUCAUGAACAGGAAUGCUUACAUUAUGAUGGCGAUCUACGGGAAGAAUUUCUGUGUGUCAGCACGUGACGCUUUCUUCCUGUUGAUGAGGAAUGUUAUGAGAGUUGCUGUCCUGGACAAGGUGACUGAUUUCCUGCUCUUUUUAGGCAAACUGCUGAUCUCAGGGAGUGUAGGUGUUCUUGCUUUCUUUUUCUUCACCCGUAGAAUACCAGUUAUCCAGGAGGAGGUGCCAUCAUUAAAUUACUAUUGGGUCCCUCUACUGACUGUGAUUUUUGGAUCCUAUAUGAUUGCACAUGGAUUCUUUAACGUUUAUGCCAUGUGUGUGGAUACAUUGUUUCUCUGCUUCUUGAGUGAUUUGGAGAAGAAUGAUGGGUCAGUGGCUCGCCCCUAUUACAUGAGCAGCAGCUUGCGAGCCAUUCUCAACAAGAAGAACCGCAAGAGACCAGAGGAGAAACCGAGAGGUGGAAAGAGAAACCAAAAAAGGCACUCUUAAAGCUGGUAAUUGGAAAGUAUUCAUAGCCUAAAUGUACAAAUAUAAUGCCGUUGAUCAGUAUUUCAUGUUUAAGGGCCAAUCUCAUGCUGAAUUUAUACGGGUGUGUCACACAACCUAUGGCCACACUUAUAAAAAUAAACAGAAAGCUUCACAGAUUUUCACAAAAAUCCAGACAUUCACAAAGUUUUUUUAUUAUAUCAUUUUAUAUAUGCAUUUUUAUUAUGUCUUGUAUAAUUUUUUGUUUUCUUUUACCAAUAAGAGUGUCAUACCAUCAGCUACAUUUUUACACAAUUUUCAAAUCCAUUCCACAGAUUUUUACUAAUACAUUAAAGGUGCUUUGUGUAAAAUUUAGCGGCAUCUAGUGGUGAGAUUGCGAAUUGCAACCAACAGUUCAGUCCAAUGCUCGCCUCUCCCUUUUAAAAAACGCAUAGAGAAGCUACAGUAGCUGCCAAAAGGACAAACAUGUUGUCGUCUUAGACUUAUGGCGCUUUUCCAUUGCAUAGUACCCCACGGUUUGGUUUAGGUCGGGUCAGGUCAGCUUACUUUUGUGAGCUUUUCCACUGGGUGCAGUGCGUAGUACCUGAUACUUUUUUUAGUACCACCUCGGUCGGGGUUCCAAGCGACCCGAGCUGAUACCAAAACGUGACGCGAAACUUGAUCACUGAUUGGUCUGAGAGAAUCGUCACUAUCAGCGCCAUCGCUAUAAUGUAAAAGAUUAGCUUUACCUUCAUGCUAGCUUGCGCUGUCUCGAGUAAACAUGUUGUCAUCUGUGCUUUGCUGUAAGUUCCCAAACUCCCUUUUAGCGAUGAAAAACAUCCACAGGUUGAGAAUCAGAAACACCAUAACAGUUUUUUUAGACUUGCAGUUUGUGGUGGCACAGUCGCGUCCGCAAAUAUGCUUAAAUGCAACUUAAAUGAGGCUCAGCAGAGCGUGACGACUGACGCCACGGGUGUUUGCACAGAAAAUGUCAUGUGAGACAGAGGUAGUGUUAAAUGCGAUGUGCAAACAUCUAUUUGUGGCGGUCAAUUUUAAUUUUGUGGCAGACUGAGAAAUAAAUGAAUGUAUGAAUGUACAACGACGCUCUAAAUUGUAUGAUGUCACAGCAGUAGGUAGCAGCGCAAAUAUAAUGACACGCCUAUAAUCUCUCCCACUCCGAAGUGUUACUAAACUCGCUGGAAAAGCUAACCAAGCCAAAGUGAGGUGAGCUGACCUGACCUGACCCAAACCGUGGGGUACUAUGCAAUGGAAAAGCGCCAAUAGUGACAACGCCAGGGUUGCCAGGUCCAAGAAAAAUUUCCAGCCCAAUGACAACUUAAAACCUGCCCAAAAGGAAUGAAAACUAGCCCAAUUUUUACAUUUGUCCAAUCACAGUUAAAAACUGGGGAUUACAACAAAGGCUCUAAAAUAAACUCUAACUAUUGCUUUUAAUGCACUUUCUGUGCAGAUGAAAAUUUUCUUAAUGCACUUAAGGUGCUCUAUUUUCACACACUAUUCUGUUCUAAACAAAAAAAAUCUACUUUAGUACUUCUUAAGAUUAUUUUAAGAACGUCGAAGUGUACCCAACCAUGCCAUUUUGAGACAGUAUGAACUCUGCCCUUUUAACAUACUAUCUAUGUAUUUAAACUUUUCUAUUUAACUUGAAAAUAUCAUACAAAGAUGGGUUCACAUGGUUUGUAAAUAUCCUCUCAGUAUAGACGUAACUCCUAGCGUAAGGUAAUUUCUUGUUUCUGACGUGAUAUUAAGAGCAAAACGCGCCCCCCCCCACUUACUUUUUCACUGACUUCCUGACGCUGCAGCUGUCUUUGGGUUGACAGGUAUUUUAUGGGAUUAAUGCACAUUAGGAAAAUAAAGAACGUUUAUUCUACAGAUAAUCUGUAUUCUACAGAUAAACAUUUUCGUGGCCACGGCACAUUAUAAAACUAGCCCGAAAAACCGCAAUCCGCGGCUCUGAAAUUUUUCCCGCAACUGUAUUUUCAAAAUAGCCCAACUGUGCGGGAAAACCGCAAACCUGGCAACACUAGACAACGCGUACUGCAGUUUGUCUGGUAAGGGCUACUGUAGAAACAUGACGGUGCAAAAUGGCGACUUCCAUGUAAGGGGACCAGCAGUGUAUGUUAGAUGGAAAUUGCUCAUUUUAAAGGUGCAGUGUGUAAUUUGUAAAAAGACCUCUUGACAGAAAUGCAAAAUAAUAUAUAAAACUAUAUUAUCAGGGGUGUAUAAAGACCUUUCACGAUGAACCGUUAUGUGUUUAUUACCUUAGAAUGAGACGUUUUUAUCUACAUACACAGAGGGUCCCCUUACAUGGAAGUCGCCAUUUUGUGCCGCCAUGUUUCUACCGAAGCCUUUAACAGACAAAUUGUGGGACAAAGUUGUCUCCGACAAUGACGUGAUUGUCCGGUGGCGGCUACCGUAGCUUCUCUAUGUGUUUCAAAAGUGAGGGUGAGCAGUGGAUUGAGCCGUUGGUUGCAAUUCGCAACCUCACCAGUAGAUACCGCUAAAAUUUACACACUGCACCUUUAAGGUAAUAAAAACAAUACAGUUUAUUAUUGGAUGACUUUAUAUAGCAGUGAAAGUAAAGUUAUGUUUAUUAUCUUUCGUUUCUGUUAAUAGGUCCUCCUAAAAUUUACACACUGCACCUUUAAUGUAAAGGAAUCUGUCUAGGCUUGUACAUAAUAAGCCUCUCUUAUAACUUUAGAUUGUGUCAUAGUCGCCAUGUUGGUGUUAUAAUGCAUUUUUUAAAGGCUUUCAAAUAUCCAUUGGAUGCAGAUAAUUUUUCUCAGUUUUUUGUCUUUUUAUAUGAAAAUCGCUUUCUGUUCGCAUCUGUUUAAGGUGACAUUUCUAUUUUUCUCAUGUUGAGAAAAUUACAGGUGAUGCACUAAUGCAUAGUUUACUAAGUGAAUUAUUUCUCUGCUUGUUUAAUGUUUGUUAUUGUUGUGGUUGUAAUUGCAGUUCGGAUGAAGUGCUUUAUAAUGCGGCUAACAGCUCUUAAACAUAACCACACGUUGAUAUGAGCCCUUUUUCUGCUGUGCAGAGCGUAUCAUUGUAUUUAUUUCUUCAUCAAUAUUUUUUUUCAACUGUCCAUUCAGCUCUGAAUUUCUUAUCAGAUCAAGUGUUAUCUACCGUUAUGAGGUUACAACUUCUUAUUUCUUUUAAAUGUGAUUUCAUUGUGACUGUGACACUUGAUUUAAAGUGCCAGUCAGGUCCAAUUUCAAAGCUUCCUGAUAUUGUUAAGGAGUCCCCAACAACAGGUUUAAAUGCAUGCAAGGUCAUUUUCUCAAAAUAUUAAUUUAAUAUUACCCCAUUUCUCAGAGAUCCCCAAAUGAUUCGCGUGAAGCCAUUCAAUGGCUCAGUCUGCCUAAACCCCACCUUCGGUAGCCUGCUCUGAUUGGUCAACUGACACAGUCUCCGCACAGUGCAUCAGUAGUGUAACAUUCAUUGACCUAGUCCUAACAUGACUUACUGAGAAGACAUUAAGGGGCGGUUUCCCGGACAGGGAUUAGACUAGUCCUAGACUUAAACACUUUUAAGAGCUCUCCAAACUGAAAACAACUUCCACUUACAUAUCUUAAAAUACAUGUGUGCCCUUUGUUUUACCUCAAAAUGCACACAGGUAAUGUUUUUAGUAAGGCAUGUUUGUUAAAACUAGUUAUAUUUCCUAAUUAAACUAAGGCCUAGUCUUGGAUUAAGCUAAUCCUGGUCCGGGAAACCGCCCCUAAGAGUUUAAAAACCAACAUCAAUACACAUCAUUCAUUAUUAGUCCAAGUUAUAAAAACGACCACAGACACAAACACUAACAUUUUUACACUCAUUUAAGCAAGUACAGUAUAUAAGCUAACCGGGCCAUAGCAAAACCAUAAACAGUAGUGCAACAUGCGUGACUUGCUGAAAAGAUAUUAAGUCACGUUUUUUCUGAUCCCAUUUUUUUAAACCCUAGUUAGUAUGUAAUGUUGCUAUAAUAGCAUAAAUAAUACCUGUAAAAUGCUAAAGCUGAAAGUGUCAGGUGAUAUUUUUUCUUUAGCAGAAUUCGUCUUUCAAAGCCUACAGCGAACGUCCGAUACAGCCCUCUACUUCCUGCUUUAAUGACAUCACUAGAACAGUUUUUUGACUAAACUCCGCCCACAGGAAUAUGUCAGUCGCCAGCUAUGCUAACGGCAAGCUAAGCUGCUAUCGAAUCACAACACACUAAACAAGCUACACAAUCAGAACUCGUUACCUAUUUCUGAUGGAGGGACUUCAUAGAACAAGGAAGACAUCAGCCCGUUUUUAGGACAGUGAAAACAGCGCUAUAGAGAUAAGUAAAUUGUGUGAAAAAUACUGCGUUUUUUACACGUGAAACAUGAACACAUGUUAUAUUGCGCACUGUAAACACAAUCAAAGCUUCAAAAACACAGAAAGAACAAGACGUUUAAGAGUUUAAACACUGACAUCAAUACACAUCAUUCAUCAUUAGUCAAAGUUAUAAAAACAACGACAGACACUAACAUUUUUACAUUCAACACAGUGUCAAGGGGUUCGCACACCGGACUCUCAGCGCCGCGCCGCGCCAGACCGUUCUUAAAGAAUCGAACACAUUGUUUUCUUUGAGUAUACGCACACUGGCGCCGACAGGUGGCGCCUGUCCGCACCGCCCAGCUACGACUCAGGAACCUGCUCAAAUCCGUCGCGCCACAGAGCGCCACUCACGUAGUUUAACAUUAAAUAACAUCAAUUUUGUCCGAAAUCAUUAACGAUUAACAUUGCCUGCUAACUUAUAUUUUGUAUUUUGAAGUAGACACUAUCUGACGAAGCUCGCACUAUUUAAUGUGCUCUUCCGGUUUACGAUACCUCUGAGUUGUCCUAGAUGCGACGCGGCGCUGAGCUGCGCAUCUGGUGUGCGGCCCCCUUUACAGUGUCUUCCUGAUAUGAUGUUUACGCACUAACUAGCUGAAGUGUCGGUGGGCAGGUCCGGGUUUUUGUUUCUCCCGGGCAAGACUGUAGGCGGAGAUUAUUAUGCAAAGCGUUAUGUAUAAUACACUUUAUCUUAUAAUAGAUAGAGACAGGCAGGAGAUUCAAUACAUAUGACGACUCGUCAGUGAUUCAGAGUCGACUCCCUAAUUUAGAAGCCAAUAACUUUAUUAAUCAUGCACUUUUUGCACAUCGUUUACAUUGAUGGACAGCUACAUGAUACACUGCAAUACAGGUAAUUUUCGAUUUUGGAUCUGUCUGGCACUUUAAGGAAAUGAAGAACGUUUGAAUUUUUCCAUGCAUUAGUGUUAAUAUGACAUGUGACAUACAGUAUUGGUAGUAAAUUUAGUAAGACUAAUUUUGCUUGUAUAUAGAUAAAAUUAAGUGAUGCCUCUGCAAUUUUACAUACAGUAUUCCUGUUUAUAUCAUUUUUAUACAUUUUACUUUUGACUCUUUGAAAUACUUUGACAUUUUGAAUAUAAAUUUCUUUUUAACCAUGUGUUGUUUUUAGACAACGCUUGAUUGUAUUAUAGUGAAUACAUGUGCUGGAUUGUUAUUUAGCCAAACUUUAUCUUGAGUUUUGAAUGUGUUUCAAAUCUCAGAAAGUGUCAGGGCUUAUUUUUGUCAAACUAUGGUGUAACGUUCAAUUCUCUUCCUAAUUUACUGUAUGUUAAACACAUGUAGUUAUUUUUGUGAACUUAUAACAUGCCAUUUUGCAGUGCAUAAUAACAUUUUGUGAUGUAAUCGGGAGUGCAUGCAAGGAUAUAUAAAUAAAGCUAUUUAAAAAGACAA